AGGGAAAGAGAUGAUACAAGUCUGUAAUAGCAUUUGAAAUUUUGAAAAAGCCUCUUGCUUCCAAACACAAACACUUCCAGUCAUGACAGGCAGCUUUCCUCUCAGUCAUGACAGGCAGCUUUCCUCUCAGUCAUGACAGGCAGCUUUCCUCUCAGUCAUGACAGGCAGCUUUCCUCUCAGUCAUGACAGGCAGCUUUCCUCUCAGUCAUGACAGGCAGCUUUCCUCUCAGUCAUGACAGGCAGCUUUCCUCUCAGUCUUGACAGGCAGCUUUCCUCUCAGUCUUGACAGGCAGCGUUCCUCAGACAUAUCUCUUCCUGUCUGUCAGUCAGUGAGCCGAGACACAACCAUUAAAACACACCACUGAAGCGGUACAGCUGAAGAUUCAUCACAUAAAAGAUAAAAGCCAGGUGUUCUUCAGAAUGAUGCACGUCUUCCCACUCCUCCUCUUCCUCGCCUUCUCCCACACAAAUUCCAAGACGGUCUGUCAUAGUGAUCACGACAAAGAUCACCGUCCUCUGGUCAACUGCACAGCAACGGGGCUUAUCGAUGUUCCUGCAAGUAUUGACCCCAGCACCAAGGUGCUGAUCUUCAGCCAUAACCGGUUCUCCAGUCUGGUGUGGUCAUCCUACAGCCCGUUCUUAGAGAUCUACGAGGUAGAUCUCAGCCACAACAUGAUUCCAGAGGUUCCCCUGUCACCUGGUCCUGUUCUCCCCACCCUUGGAGUUCUCCGGUUGUUAGGAAACCGCAUUAGAACGCUGCCCCCCCACUCCUUUAGGGCCACACCAGGCCUGCUAGAACUUUACCUGGACAAGAACGGCCUGGAGACGCUCAACGACCUCUCAUUCUCUGGGUUGAAACUGUUACAGGUGGGUUAUCUGAAAGAACAUCUGGAUGAUCAGGGCCACAACGUCUACGUCAGAGAUGGCAUCAUCGUCACCCCAGACGAUGAGAGCGUUACCUGUGAUACGCCCCCCGCCUUGGCCAAGAGAUCAGUUGUAAGCCUGACGGAAGAGGAGUACUGCCCAGCUGACCCUCCUCCUAGUGGACCAGUUGGAGAUGCUGAACCACUGACCCCCCACCUCCCAUUUCAAACCUCAGCCGCCACUCCUCCACCUCCUACCACUACUAUCACUCCUACUACUACUCCUAUCACUACUAGUACUACUCCUAUCACUCCUACUACUAUCACUCCAAUUACUACCACUACUAACACUCCCACUCCAACCAAUCCUACUUCUACAACUCAUUCUAAUACUACUACUAUUACUACUACUAUGUUACACCAAACCCUUCCUGUUGAACUUGCCACCACUACUGCUGAAACCCCAAAUCCUCUGGAACCCACCUCUCCUUACCCCCCAUCUCCCCCUCCCUCCCUCCUAAUGGGCAGUGUUGUGUCAUGGUCCUCCCCCCUUUCCGUGUUCACAUGGUGGGAGGUGGUCACCAGUCUGGUGGAAUGGGCAGAGAGCUGGGAAGGGGGAGAGAAGGUCAGAGGGGAGAUGGGAGGGGUUAGCUGGGGAAGUCAUCACCUCUCUACAGCUUCCUUCAGGCGACCACCAACCACUACACUCUCAAUGGACAUCACUGUCCCCACAACCCAGGCCCUGAAGUCCCCCACAACCCAGAAGUCCCCCACAACCCAGACCCUGAUGACAGACAGACCCCAGACCCUGAUGACAGACAGACCCCAGACCCUGAUGACAGACAGACCCCAGACCCUGAUGACAGACAGACCCCAGACCUUGAUGACAGACAGACCCCAGACCUUGAUGACAGACAGACCCCAGACCUUGAUGACAGACAGACCCCAGACCUUGAUGACAGACAGACCCCAGACCUUGAUGACAGACAGACCCCAGACGUGGAGUGACAUCCCCAGACUGUUCAUCUGCCUCUGCAUUGCCAGCUAUCUGUAA